UGAUUUCGAGUCUCAGUUACGCUCAAUAUUACCUACAAUUGCUCCUCUUCGGCCAUGCGAGCAACCAUACGUUUUAACCAAGCCGCCGUACGCCAUACAGCAGUUCCACGUACAUCAGCAACAGCUCCUACACCUUACUCAUGGAUGGACCCAUCUCCGACUGUCAAAGCGGACGGCCCACUGUCAGGAAUGACUAUUGCCCUUAAAGAGAAUAUAUCUUAUUCAUAUGCACCUACCACAUGCUCCUCUGUGGCAUUAAAAGAUUACAAGCCGCCUUUUGAUGCUACAUGCGUUUCGAGUCUUGUAGCAGCGGGGGCGCAAAUAGUUGGGAUGACGAAGAUGGAUGAGUUUGGUAUGGGCUCGUUGACUACCAAUUUACCCCCAUAUUAUUCUCCGGUAUAUAACCCGGCUUCACCGUCACCUGAAGAGCCACCUCGGUCAGCCGGCGGAAGUUCAGGCGGAUCAGCGGCUGCUGUAGCAGAAGGCAGCUGUUACGCAGCUCUCGGGACAGACACGGGUGGUUCAGUGCGUUUGCCAGCUAGUUAUUGUGGUGUGGUCGGCCUUAGACCGUCAUAUGGGCUCAUCAGCCGGAGAGGCGUAGUAGCGUACGGCGACUCUUUAGAUUGCGUUGGUGUACUAGCGAGAGAAGUCGACGCCGUUGAACGAGUGUUCAACGUCAUAUCACAUCCAGAUGAUAACGAUAUGACAUGUGCAUCUACCCGUUCACGCUCCCAGGCCCUUUCCAUCCUGAAGGCCCACCUUGCUAUCCUGCCUACAACAGCUGGCCCUCUAUCUGGCUGUCGCAUCGGGGUACCCAGGCAAGCUUCACUACCUCCUCCGUACAUAAACACACCUCGUUCUCUCCUCUCACACCUACAGUCGCUUGGAGCAACUCUUCACCCAGUGUCAUUACCAUCUCUUCCUAAAACUUUGCCUGCGUACUAUGUCCUCGCAAGUGCCGAAGCGUCUAGCAAUCUGGGAAGAUAUGGCGGGAGUUGGUUUGCAGGGCAAGCUGAGAAGACAGUGGGAAAGAGAACGGAAGAGAGUGGGAUUCAGAGAAGGAUCAGGAUCAGAAGCGAAGGGUUUGGGAUAGAGGUGAAGAAGAGAAUUUUGGCAGGAACCCAUGUUUUAAGUGCAGAUGAAUUUAACAACACGUACUUGAAAGCACUGUACAUUCGUCGCUGCCUGAAAAAGGACUUUCAAGCAAUUUUCCGGAUUCCCCACCCUUUAUCUCCUUCGCCGGCUUUACCUUCACCGGAUGCGGUAGACUUCAUUAUUCACCCCACAGCAAUCUGCACAGCACCCAAAAUUAAUCCUACCGGGGAAGACAGUGAUCAAACAGAGGCGACCUAUAUCCAGGAUCUGCUCAACGUUCCCGCCUCACUUGCAGGCUUGCCCGCCAUGUCUGUUCCGGCCGGUAAAGGUCCCGAUGGGUGGCCAAUAGGUGUCGCCAUCACUGGACAGUGGGGUAUGGAAAAUCUGGUCUUCAAAUUGGGGAAGGUCAUAGAAGAAUGGAAUAAAACGCAGUCAUUAUAGUGUACACAAUGCAUUAAAAUACGAAGUCUAUGAGAGU